AACUUGGUAAUUUUCCCCAUUGAAUCGAAGGUGAGAUAGAUAGAAGAAGAAUGAGCUCACAGCUCUUAGUUCUACACCCUGCACCCGUUCCCAACACAAACACCAACACCAACUCAAACUCCAAAACAACCGCGCCAACAACACCUCUGUAUCAAAGAAUCUUCAUCCCUACCCAUGUCUAUAGGCACCCUUCUGCUAUACUGUUAGAACUCUGCACUUCCAUGAAAGAGCUUCACCAAAUCCUGCCCCUCAUCAUCAAGAACGGUUUUUACAAUGAGCACUUGUUUCAGACCAAGCUUGUAAGCUUGUUCUGCAAAUAUGGCAGCAUCAGUGAAGCACUUCGUGUCUUUGAGCCUGUUGAGCACAAGCUUGAUGUGCUUUACCACACUAUGCUCAAAGGGUAUGCAAAAAACUCAACUUUAGGUGAUGCCUUGUCCUUUUACCAUAGGAUGAAGUGUGAUGAGGUUAGACCAGUGGUGUAUGAUUUCACUUACUUGUUGCAAUUGUGUGGUGAGAAUUUGGACCUCAAAAGGGGUCGAGAGAUUCAUGGGCAGCUAAUAACUAAUGGGUAUGAGUCCAAUUUAUUUGCCAUGACUGCUGUUGUGAACUUGUAUGCGAAAUGUAGGCAGAUUGAUGAUGCGUAUAAGAUGUUUGAGAGAAUGCCAAAAAAAGAUUUGGUCUCUUGGAAUACUUUGGUUGCAGGAUAUGCGCAGAAUGGCUUUGCCAGGAGAGCUGUGGAUUUGGUUUUGCAGAUGCAGGAAGCUUGCCAAAAGCCUGAUUCAAUCACAUUGGUGAGUAUUUUGCCGGCUGUGGCGGAUAUCAAGGCUUUGAGUAUUGGAAGGUCUAUUCAUGGCUAUGCUUUCAGAUCAGGAUUUGAAUCUCUGGUUAAUGUUGCGACGGCGCUUCUGGAUAUGUACUUCAAAUGUGGGUCUGUAAGGACUGCAAGGUUGGUUUUUAAGGGGAUGAGUAGCAAGAAUGUUAUUUCGUGGAAUACAAUGAUCGAUGGUUUUGCACAAAAUGGUGAAUCUGAAGAAGCGUUUGCGACAUUUUUAAAGAUGUUGAAUGAAGGGGUGGAACCUACAAAUGUUAGUAUGAUGGGAGCAUUACAUGCUUGUGCUAAUUUAGGUGAUCUUGAACGGGGGAGAUUUGUUCAUAAAUUAUUGGAGCAGAAGAAACUUGAUUUUGAUGUGUCAGUUAUGAACUCUUUAAUAUCCAUGUAUUCAAAGUGUAAGAGAGUUGAUAUUGCAGCCUCAGUAUUUCAUAAUUUGAAAGCGAAAACAAACGUGACAUGGAAUGCCAUGAUAUUAGGUUAUGCACAAAAUGGGUGCGUAAAUGAAGCUUUAAAUCUAUUCUGUAUGAUGCAAUCUCAAGACAUUAAACCUGAUUCCUUUACAUUAGUGAGUGUAAUCACUGCUCUUGCAGAUUUAUCAGUUACCCGCCAGGCUAAGUGGAUACAUGGACUUGCCAUAAGAACUUCUAUGGACAAGAAUGUCUUUGUUUCUACAGCUCUUGUUGACACAUAUGCAAAAUGCGGAGCCAUCCGAACCGCGAGAAAGCUUUUUGACAUGAUGCAAGAGCGGCACGUAAUAACUUGGAAUGCCAUGAUAGAUGGAUAUGGGACACAUGGACUUGGACAAGCAGCUCUGGAUCUCUUCAAUGAAAUGCAGAAGGGAGCAGUUAAGCCUAAUGAUAUAACAUUUCUGUCUGUUAUCUCAGCUUGUAGUCACUCAGGUUUUGUGGAAGAGGGCCUCUACUACUUUGAAAGCAUGAAGGAAAAUUAUGGCUUGGAGCCUGCAAUGGAUCACUAUGGUGCCAUGGUUGAUCUCCUUGGUCGUGCUGGCCGGCUAGAUGAAGCUUGGAGUUUCAUCCAGAAGAUGCCUAUCAAACCCGGGAUUACUGUUUUAGGUGCAAUGCUAGGUGCUUGCAGAAUUCAUAAAAAUGUAAAAUUGGGCGAGAAUGUUGCAGACAAACUAUUUGAGUUAGACCCAGAUGAGGGUGGGUAUCAUGUGUUGCUUGCAAACAUGUAUGCUUCUGCUUCAAUGUGGGACAAAGUGGCGCGGGUUAGGACGGCCAUGGAGAAGAAGGGGCUGCAGAAAACACCAGGAUGCAGUUUGGUGGAGUUGAGAAAUGAAGUUCACACAUUCUAUUCAGGAAGUACCAAUCAUCCUCAAUCCAAAAGAAUCUAUGCUUUUCUAGAGACUCUUGGAGAUGAGAUAAAAGCUGCUGGUUAUGUACCGGACACCAAUUCAAUUCAUGAUGUGGAAGAAGAUGUGAAGGAACAAUUGCUGAGUAGCCAUAGUGAGAGGCUUGCUAUUGCAUUUGGACUUUUGAAUACAAGCCCUGGUACAACAAUACAUGUGAGGAAGAAUCUAAGAGUUUGUGGUGAUUGCCAUGAUGCCACUAAGUACAUAUCACUUGUUACAGGAAGGGAAAUUAUAGUGCGUGAUUUGCGUAGGUUCCAUCAUUUUAAGAAUGGAAGCUGUUCUUGUGGGGAUUACUGGUGAAUCAAUUGACUCCCUUGUUAUUAUCGUUCACUUAUGAUGCCUCCUACAAGGGCCUGUAAACUCAUGAAUAACCUGAGGCACCUCAAAUAAGGACCUCGUUGAAGUUUGCUACUCAAGAAGAGUGCAUUAUUUGGA